CACUUCCGCUGCCGCAGCAGCUUGGUUCCGAGGUACUAACAUGGCGUCCGCUGUGCUGAAGGUUGCAGCGGCAGGCUUUUCCAGAUGUUCUCGUGCCACCAUCCUGCGAGGACAUUCGACAACUGCCCCCCUCCGCCAGGGUGUCCCUGGAUCGCUGUGGAAGCUGGGGAAGCUGAACCACAUAGCCAUCGCCGUGCCCGACAUGGAGAAAGCCACGGCUCUGUAUCGAGAUGUACUCGGUGCCACUGUGAGCGAAAAGGUCCCCCUGCCGGAGCAUGGCGUUUACACAGUGUUUGUGGAACUGGGCAACACUAAGCUGGAGCUGCUCCAUCCUCUCGGGGAGAAGAGCCCCAUCUCUGGGUUCUUACAGAAAAACAAGUCAGGGGGGAUGCACCACAUUUGUAUUGAGGUGGACGACAUUACCGCUGCGGUGGCCGACUUGAAGUCAAAGAACAUCAGAACCCUGUCGGCAGAGCCUCGGAUAGGCGCUCAUGGGAAACCGGUCAUGUUCCUUCAUCCCAAAGACUGUGACGGUGUGCUGGUGGAGCUGGAACAAGCAUGAGCCUCUCUGAUCUGCAUGAACUGUCGGAGCUCUCCAUGUAUAUCUACAUAUUCGUCAGCCACUUUGACAACACGGUGAUAGAGGUGUUGAAAGCUCUCUAUGGCACUUCUCGUUUCAGAAACUGUGUUCCUAACUCCUGAUUCUGUUUUGCAUUUGUUUGAAUCAUUUAGAGUGGCGUGUUUAGACGGUGUUCAUAAAGAGGAACUUCCACUAACUGCCUGCUUUUUUGUAAAUGCGUUUUUGAAUCGGAGAUUGACAUUUUAAUCUAGCAGAACACAAUGUUCUUCUCCACCGGCUGCAACUUGAAACAAGUGUGUAGCCCGAAGAACGGAUUGUUUCUGGAAAACAGAAGCAAAACUCCCACUCUUGUUCAACAUCCUGGGGAAGUUCAUCGAGCAACAUUUCUGUCACUGAUCAUCAUCAGCCAAAUAUGGUUCUAAAAAAAAGCCUACCAGUAUCAUCCAAUAACACAAGACCAGUGCAAAACAAUUUAUUUAAAAUGAACAUAGCUAAAAUACAAUGCAUUACCUCUCAUAAUGCACAUUUAUAGAACCUCCUGUUAAGCUGUAUAAAAAAACCCUGAAAUGAAUUAUUAUAUUGCAGUGGCAUAAUAUUAUAAACAUUUAAGAAAAUCCAACAUUUAACCUCAAUACAACUGAUAAGGAGAAGGAAAAUAAAACUGUAAAGAAAUUUA